CAUAGAUAGAGAUAGAGAGAGAAGUCCUCAUUACAUUGAUACAGCAUAGAAAUGGGUCCAUUGUCCUCUUAAUGAAUUCAAAACCUUUUUUCUGUAAAGACACGAUCCGGGUCUGCGGCUCCUCACUCCACUGUCCCCCCCUUCUUCUUCCUCGAUUGCUUCUUCUUCAAAAUAGAGGAGGAGUAGAGAAGAGAAGAAAUUCUGUGGUGAGAGUUAUAUAUCUAUCUCUAGCCCGCAGAGGUAGCGCAGUUGGUUCAGAAGGGACAAAGUUUGCAAAAAUAUAUCUGAUCUCUACACUACACAUGGAAGAUCAAUACGGCAUGGGCGAUCUGCGGCAGUACAUGAGCAGCCGCCCUUUAUUUCCACCGGAGUCGCUAUCCAGCCACCCGUACGACAUGCUCAUCUUCCGCUCAGAUUCCGGUAAUAACACCGCAGGAGGUGGUGCCUGCUACAGCGGUUUCGAGAGUUCAGGAAGAUGGCCUCGCCAGGAAACGCUCACUCUUCUGGAGAUCAGAUCGAGACUCGACCCCAAAUUCAAGGAGGCCAACCAAAAGGGCCCCUUGUGGGAUCAAGUCUCAAGGAUAAUGUCCGAGGAGCAUGGAUACCAGAGGAGCAGCAAGAAAUGCAGAGAGAAAUUUGAGAAUUUAUACAAAUAUUACAAGAAGACGAAAGAAGGCAAAGCCGGAAGACAAGACGGAAAACACUACAGAUUUUUCCGACAACUCGAAGCCCUCUACGGCGGCAGCGAAGAUCCAGCACCUCCUCAUCCCAACCUGUUGACAACUUCAAAGGUCUCCGACGCGAGCCUCAGCCUGUCGAACUACUCAGAAGCCGACACGAGCUCAUCCGAUGACAGCCAUGGCGGGUGGAAGGCUAAAAUUAGCGAUUUCAUCGACGCGCAUAUGAAGAAGAUGAUGGAGAAGCAGGAGGCGUGGAUGGAGAAGAUGAUGAGCGCGAUGGAGGAGAAGGAGAGGGAGCGGGCGGCGAGGGAGGAGGAGUGGAGAAAACACGAUGCGGCGAGGAUAGAGAGCGAGCGCGAGUUCUGGGCGAGCGAGCGCGCGUGGAUUGAAUCGCGCGACGCGGCGCUCAUGGACGCGCUGCACGGACUCACUGGGAGCGGCGUCUGGCCGGAAUGCGAGAUCAGCAGGCUGAUGCAGCUGACGGAGGGGAAAUUCGAGGAGGAGAUGGUUUGGGAGGAGAUCGCGAGCAAGAUGUCGUGUUUUGGAUAUGAGAGGAGUGCUUCGGUGUGUAAGCAGAAAUGGGAAAGCAUCCAUAAUUAUGUGACCAAGAAGAGCAAACAUUAUUGCGAUCAAGGGAAUAUAAGCUUAAAUCAGAAUCAGAAUCCGAACCCGAAUCCGAAUCCGAAUCAGAAUGCGGCGGCUGGCAUAAGCGAGAGCUGCUUCAGGUACUUCAUGGGAGAUGAUUAUGGAAGGAUCAUCGACUGAGAUCAAGGAUGCUUCAAUAAUUGGGUGAAAAUCUAACUAACUACUACAUGUGUUAGUUUGAAGAAGACCUAAUUGAUGCUACUUUGUAGUAAUAUUGAUUUAAGCUUUUGAUAAUAUAUGUGUCUUUUUUUGGGGUCGAA